UUCCUCCUACUUUUUGUAAUGUUCAUAACCGGUGAUCAGGAAGCUUUCUGUCAUAGAUCUAUCUGUACUUCGUAACAUUCAUUUACAUCUCCUGAACGAGAGCUGACGUUGGAGAAAGCGUAACAGCAUGUCUUCAGAGAAAAAUUCGGAACAACCUCCUGCGUACUGUCGGCUAGAAGAAAAUCAAAAUGACCAGUCAAACCUUACAUACGGGGACCAGUAUAAUCAGUAUCCUGGAGUCAACCAGUAUCCAUCGCCAGGUUGCGCUCAAUAUCCAGGCAACCAAUACAUGUACCAACCGCAACAUACUGUUCCUGGCCAAGUAACGACAUCAGUGAUUACACAGCCUGGAGCUAUCGUUUACAACCGAACCCCUGUAACCAAGAACUGGAUGGUUCCAGCUUUACUCUCUUUCUUCUUUUGUUGCUGGCCGUUAGGGUUAAUGGCUGUUUUGGCUGCUAGUAAGGCUAAUACUGCAGCAGCAGUUGGGGAUGUAAUGGAAGCGGAAAGACAAUCAAACCGCGCGCGCACGUAUGUGAUUGUUGCUAUGAUAAUAGGACCUAUUUUGACGGGACUCUAUGUUUUUCUUACCUUCCUACGACUGAAAUAAUAAACAAGCAAUGCUCAAUAUGACUAAAUAAUAUAUUUUGCACGAUUCUUAAAUUGAACAGGUCGAUGAAGCGAUUUGCCCACUAACAUGAACACAAAGACAGCCACUACUUUUGUGUUCCAUAGAUGCUUUGAAUAGCGCGUUUGUUUUCUUUGAAAGAGGCUUGAUGGUUUAUACAUAAACCAUAAGAUAUGCCUUAAACUGUUUAAAUAUGCUAUAAGUAUCCUCGCCUAUGUAUUAUU